GCAGUGCGUCUGACCCACGUGGAAUCAUUGCGCAUGUGUAGUUGGUGAGGGGGCAAGGUUGCCUGGUUUGUUUAUGCGCUGCAAAAGCGAAAGCGUAAUGGCGGCAGGCAGACUGUAAUGAGCUAGCAAAAUUAGCCAGGAAUCUUCGCCAAGCGCUUUGAAGAGAAACGAGGGUCGGAAUAGACUGUAGACUGUAUUUUAGAUCUUUUCGCCACAAUGCAGAUCACAUUGAAAACCCUCCAACAGCAAACAUUUAAAAUAGACAUUGACGGAGAAGAAACGGUAAAGGCCUUAAAGGAAAAAAUAGAAAAUGAGAAGGGGAAGGAUGGUUUCCCGGUUGCGGGACAGAAGUUGAUAUACGCAGGUAAAAUCCUUAAUGAUGACACAGCCUUGAAGGAAUAUAAAAUAGAUGAGAAGAACUUUGUGGUUGUCAUGGUAGCAAAGCCUAAAGCAGCCUCAGUUGCAGCCCAGCCUUCCCCUGCUACCCCGGCGGUCACUAGCUCCAGCUCCUCCAGCUCCAGCACUGCCGCCGCCUCCACCACCCCCUCCAGUGCCGGGGCCACGGCAGCAGCUGCCGCCCCCGAGAACCCCCCAGAGAGUGCCUCCAAAGAGGACAAGCCUGCCGAAGACAAGCCGCCCGCCAGCACCACGCCCGCCUCCACACCCACCCGUACUCCAGCAGCAAAUGUAAACAUCUUUGAAGAGGCAACAUCUGCAUUGGUGACGGGUCAGUCGUACGAGAACAUGGUGACUGAGAUGAUGCUGAUGGGCUACGAGAGGGAACAGGUGGUGGCCGCACUAAGGGCCAGCUUCAACAACCCCGACAGAGCUGUGGAGUACCUGCUCACGGGUCUCCCAGCUGAGGGAGAGGGCACUGGUGGUGGUGGUGGUGGUGGUGGUGGUGGUGGCCCGGUGGGGAGUGCAGUAGUCGACCCUACAGCUGUCCCCACAGCAGGACUCACUUCUCCCACAAGCACAGCUCCAUCGCAGCCCUCCGCUGGCUCUGGAGCCAACCCACUGGAGUUCCUGAGGAACCAGCCCCAGUUCCAGCAGAUGCGGCAGAUCAUCCAACAGAACCCCUCUCUGCUCCCCGCUCUCCUGCAGCAGAUAGGGAGAGAGAACCCCUCACUUCUCCAGCAAAUCAGCAGCCACCAGGAGCAGUUCAUCCAGAUGCUGAACGAGCCGGUGGCGGGGGAGGGUGGCCAGGGGGGCGGCGGCGGCGGCGGCGGGCCAGAGGGAGUGGCGGAGGCCGGCGGAGGCCAUAUGAACUACAUCCAGGUCACACCACAGGAAAAGGAAGCCAUCGAAAGGCUAAAGGCCUUGGGAUUCCCUGAAGGACUUGUUGUUCAGGCCUACUUCGCUUGUGAGAAGAAUGAGAACUUGGCUGCAAACUUCCUUUUACAACAGAACUUUGACGAUAUGGACUAAAGGGAGACGUAAUUGUCCAAUCCCCCUCCCCAUCCCCUUUACCCCCACCCCACCCCCUUUUUUUGUUUUUGUUGUCAGUUUAUCAUAUUGGAGAGAAAAAAUAUGGACCAUCAAGAGUUUCAUUAAUUUUACUCCAAUUCUCCUGCUUGAUAACACUGGAUUGUCAUCUCCGUCUAUAUCCAAGAGCUGCGCUGUUCUUCUCUUAAGAUCACCAUCAAUAAGUAAAGACGAACUUGCUUUAUCUGA